AAGCCACUCAGUUGGAUUGGACGUGUUCACGGAAGAUCAAAGUUAUUUACUUUUGUAUUUGGUCACUUGGCUCUCUCUCGACAGCUCUUGCUCUCUGUGAGCCACUCUUUAAACUUGUAUAUUAGUGGUGGCUAUGAAAAUGAUCGGCAGCGAUUACGUACUGGAAGCACACAACAUAUUCCACACCACCGAGGUGGAUGGUGGUGGCUGCUUCAAUGGAGCCGGCAAUUCAGCUCUAGUACUGAAAGGUGUCAAUUUGACGGUUCACAGUGGUGAAGUGAUGGCCAUACUGGGCUCUAAGGGUAGUGGAAAGCGCGCUCUAUUGGAUGUCAUUUCGAGACGUUCAGAUGGUUCUACACGCGGUCAGGUGCUCCUCAAUGGAUCUCCUUUAUCGAGGGCUUUAUUUCAACAGCGCUGCGGCUAUGUCACACAAUCUUGCACCUUUGUUCCUGGUCUGACAGUGGCCCAGACUCUGCACUAUACGCCCACUAUUCUUAGUGGUUAUCUGAAGAGCUCCAAAGUGCGUCAAGUGCUGGCUGAUUUGGCUCUAUCCCAAGUGGCCCAUAAGCGUGUAGAGUAUUUGAAUAUUAGUGAGGCCAGACGUCUGGCAAUUGGCAUUCAAUUGGUCAGAGAUCCAGUUAUGCUGCUGCUGGAUGAGCCUACACAAGGAUUGGAUCCAUUGAGUGCCUAUUUGCUGAUCUCUAUUCUUUCCAAUACCGCCAAGAAGACAGGUUGUGGAAUUUUACUGUCGCUGGAAAAGCCACGUUCCGAUGUCUUUCCCUUCUUGGAUCGCGCUCUGUUCCUUUGUCUAGGGGGCGUUGUUUAUUCCGGUGGCACUCGUGCCAUGUUGGAAUACUUCCAUGGCAUUGGUUUUCCCUGUCCACAAUUGGAGAAUCCUUUAAUGUAUUAUCUCUGCCUAUCCACUGUGGAUCGGCGUAGUCGUGAUCGUUUCUUGGAAUCGAGCCAGCAGAUUGAGGCUCUAGUUGAGCGCUUUUCUCGGGAGACUCCCAUUUCGGAUGCACCAAUAAAUAAUAUGGGAUCAGGCAAAGUGCCGCUGGCCUAUGGUAAACCAGGAGAGUUAAAAGUUUGGAUCAUGUUGUAUUUAAAGCUAUUGGCAUCCACUUUCUCAUGCGGAAUGGUGGGCAUGAAGACACUUUUCUUGCGCCUGCUGCUGCUUCCCCUAACCAUGGGCAUUUUGUGGGCAUUCUAUACAAAUGUUGGAGAUGAUGGCCAUGGUUUCUUUACGCGCAAUGGAAUGAUAUUGAAUAUAUUGGGAUUGUCUUAUGGUUGUGGUAUUUUGACCACCAUUUCACUAUUUCCCAUUUGGCGUAAAAAGUUCUCACAGGAUACACCAGAAGGACUUUACUCAGGCACAACAUUGCUUAUUGCCUACAAUGCGGUAUCCAUACCCUUCUCUGCUGUUUCCGCCGUGAUUGCCAGCUGUGUCAUCUAUCCCCUCCUGCUAGAUGCCAAGUACAACAAUGGCACCAUCUUUGCUUAUCUUUUGGUUGCCCUAUGGUCCAGUUAUGUGCUCGCCGAGCAAUUAUCCAUUGCCUUUCUCCUAGUGGUGAAAGUGCCCUUCAAUGCAGCCAUUGCGGUGACCUAUGUCCUGGUGAUAAGUCUUGCUCUGGCCAGUGGCACAGUUCGUUCAUUCAAGGGCUUACAGCCUUGGCUGCAGGACAAUACCAAGGGCACUCAUACCCGCUAUGCCUCAUCCUUGUUGCAUAGCAUUGCCUUUCAGUCGCGCAAAUUGAAUUGCACUCCCACCGCCUCGGUUAUAUGUCCCAAGCCUGCUGACUUUAUGCACGAGCGUCUUGGUCUGCCAGAUCCAGAUGAAACCAUCGAUGUGGCUGCUUCCUGUGCUUUUGCUGUAGGUUUGGCCGCCUUUAAUAUGUUGCUCUACCUAUUCCCAAUGCCUCGUUGUGUGCGUCAGAAGUUUAAAGAUUAAAGGCAGAGAUCUAGCAUUAAAACCUGCCACAUUUACACACACUACCGACUAAUUUCUAUUUAUUUUAAGUACAAUUCUUAUAAAUUACAUAUUUAGUUAA